AUGAUUGGAAACUUCAUUUUGACCAAAGAUGAGAUCAUUCAUGUACUUGUUGGUCAAAAAGGGAGAAAAGGGAAUUCAAACCAAAAAAAUGCCGGAGGUGGUGGAGGUACAUUCGUGGUGAGAGAAAACAACAAGUCUUUGAUCGUAGCUGGAGGUGGAGGGGGAAUUAAAAAUAUGUCAGAACAACAUCCAGGAUGUGAUGCGUCCAUAAACACAACAGGAAAUGCAGGGAACAAUUCGCCUUUGGGGUCAGGAGGAAGCAACGGACACGGAGGAAAAACGAGUGGUCAAUUUGCAGAUGGUGGCGGCGGCGGCGGCUUCUACAGUAAUGGGCAAGAUACACAGUCCCGUAAAAAUGGAGGUCAAGGAUAUCUUCAAGGAGGAAAUGGUGGAUAUGGUAGGGGUGGGUUCGGAGGUGGCGGUGGGUUACGUACAGGCAACGGUGGAGCUGGAGGAGGUGGAGGUUACUCUGGAGGAAAUGGUGGAGCUUAUGAACAGUUUUCCUGUGGGGGAGGGGGAGGAUCUUUUAACAGUGGGACAAAUCAGCACAAUGAAUGUUGUCUCAAUACCGAUGAACAUGGUGGAGUGAUCAUCACGUUUCUUCAGUGA